UUUUUUUUCUUUUGUUUUUCAACAUGUCUUGUACUUAUCGAUUUAUAAACUCAUCCUUGUCUCAACUCCCGGCUCAGAGAGACUUCAACAUCAUUCUAAGACAGCAACCUAAUCAAGCAAAAAUGAGUGUUCCUAACGAAAGAGACAGACGAUCAAUAGAACCACCACCUAUUCUUCAAGUUCAAUGGCUGAAUUGUACACCCGAACAUCAAAAACAAUCAUUACAGAGUCCAUUCUACUUUAUGAUGGUCAAUCUCUUACCUGCAGAACAUCCAGAUAUCACUUGUCCUUUACCUACUCAAGAAUAUUUAUCCGGCACUAUUGUUUCAUCUCUUCAUCGGCUAAGGGAUGUAGAUAACGUAGACGGUGGUUUCUUUAUAUUUGGCGAUCUGGCAGUUAAGAAGCCAGGGCACUUUCGAUUACAUUUUAGUCUAUUUGAAAUAAUAGAUGGUAUUGUAGGAAACUGUAAAAACAAACUAUCAGAGCCAUUUAUUGUCUAUACCCCCAAAAUGUAUCCAGGUCCAAUUAAGUCUACUUUUCUAUCUCGUACAUUUUCUGAUCAAGGGAUUAAAAUACGUGUGCGUAAAGACACUCAAGUACAGACAACUAGUCAACAAAAAAGGUCAAGCACAAUACGGAAAAGAAAACAUACAAGUCAACACAAUGCGCCUAUUAUGAAAAAAGAAAUUCUAUCACUACCUUCUUAUGCCUCAGACCAUCCUGCUGCUCAUUUUGGUCGAUGGCAGUCUUGGCAUCCAAUAAUAAGUAGAAAGGAUACCCCGCAAGCAUUGACACCCUCUCAUUUGUCGCCUAUAUCUUCACCCACUUUAUCCCACCAAUCUUCAUCUUCUACACAUAGUUUGCCGCCUAUGACCAGCCCUAGUUUGCCUAGUCUUAUGCACUCAGUUCCUUUUGAACACUACAGGCUGCCUCCUCCUAGGGAGAUUAUAAAUAAUCGGCAUUCAAAUGAUAUUUACCAUACAUAUACAUCACCCUUUCCUUUAGACAGUUCGUUUUUUAAAUAAAUUGCUUUUCAUUGGACAACGUGGCAUAACUUAUAG